ACUGGCUACAAACUUCUGUUUCUCUCUGUUCAUCUAUUUCUGACCUUCAUCAGAUGUUGGAUGUGUUGAUAGUUGGAGCAGGUCCUCAUGCUCUCAUUCUGGCUACUCUACUCUUGAACCCCCAGCAGCAUGUUGACUCCUCUAAUGUGGAAAUCCUCCAGGGGGUACAACUCAGCAAGACAAAUUCCAAGACUGGACGGACCAAGAGCAAGAGGAGAUCUAUUGAUACACUGUCAGAACAAUACAAAGACCAAAAAUGUCCACCAUGUCCUCCUUUGCAUUUCAAAGUGGUGGAUUCUUAUGGAGAAUGGGCUUCCCUGUGGGAGAGCCAGUUCACUGCCUUCAAUAUCCCUCACCUUCGCUCACACAUGCUGGUGCACACGAACCCUCUCAAUAAGAAAGCCUUGCAAGAGUUUGUGCUGGCAGAGGAUCGAGUAGCUGAGCUUCACUCUCUUCCUGAGAGGGUUUUCAUUCACGAUAAGAAUGCCUUCUUUAAUGAUGGGCGCCUUGGCAAGCAAAACAGGAAGCUUCUCAGUUCUGCUCGAGGCCUGCAGAAAAACUUAUAUUUUAGUCUGCCAGGAACUCAGCUCAGUGUGGACUUCUUCAAGGAGCAGGUGUGCAGUUACGACCUGGACCAUGUCCUCAUCAAAGGCACUGUGGACAGAAUUACUCCAUUUCUCUCUGAAAAACAAAAGAAAGUUGAAUUUUUUCGAGUGACUCUAGACACUGGGGACACUCUUGAGGCCAAAAGACUCGUGCUAGCCACAGGACCCACCAGAGAACAGAUGGCAAAUAUCCCUUCAUGGGUGAGAGCAAUCACAGAGAGUUACCCUGAAGAGAGGCUGCAGCACACAGUGGAACUCAUGCACAUUCUCUCUCAACAUAAAGCUAAAGGCAAUCACUUUGCAGGGCCACCUGCUGUAUGCCAUCAGAACCAGAGAGUAAUGGUGAUUGGUGGAGGUCUGACCAGCGCCCACGUCAUCAUCAUUGCUCUGCAACAAGGUGCAAAUCAAUUGACCUGGGUCUUGCGCAAACACGUACAGCUCAAGCAGUUCGAUGUUGGGGAUGUGGAGAGUCUGAUCGGCCGCUAUUCACACGUUGAGCACGGCAUCAAGCUGGAUGGCCUGGCCUACCUGCGGCAGUUCUAUGGAGAGAGGAGUCUACACAGGAGGCUAGCAAUGAUUAAACAGGCGCGUAAAGGAGGAGCUGUAACUCCAGAGGCUUAUGCACAGCUGCAACCUUUCAUUCAGUCAGGGCAGCUGCUUGUCAAGACAUACUGCCAGGUGACUGAGGCAGUGUGGUGCUAUGAAACUCAGACAUGGAAGGUCUCCCUUUGUGAUGGUGAAAAAUGGACUGGUGACAGGAUCUGGCUUGCAACUGGCUGCAAGCUGGAUGUUAAUGAAGACCCCUUACUGUCAGACAUCAAGAAGCAAUUCCCAAUUCAGGUGCUUGAAGGAUGGCCGUGUAUUUCAGAGACACUCCAGUGGGCUCCUGGGUGUCCUGUUUAUCUGAUGGGCCAGUAUGCAGCACUUCAGGUAGGUCCCCAUGCUGUGAACCUUGCAGGAGGUCAGGCGGCAGCUUUACGCAUUGCCAGGGAUAUAAUAGAUAAACAUGGCAGUGAAGAGAAGAACACAGAAACCACCAAAGUGGAAAAAACACGAACUGAGGAGUACAUUUCUCACAUGCAUGGCCUCAUGUGGCUAUGA